ACUAUCCAAAAGGUGUCAGCACUGUACAGGAAGUCGAAUAAUUUUUUGAUAGAUUCUAAAAUCAUCUACUAUUUGCGUGAUUACUGACGCUACACACCUUUUAGUCGCAUAUAAGAUCUGGUCCACACUUGUAAAACAAUGAACUAAUUGUAUGUCAAAAGUUGAAAACCUGCAUCAGUGGAGUAUGGAGUCUAAUGAUGCUGUAUCAGAUAUGAGGGAGCCUACUGUUAGGUUUAGAAUGUACCCCAACCUUGAUUUGGACCUUAAUUUACCAGAAUCUCAGAACAAUAAGGAUGAACGACCAGUUUCUAUGCUCUAAAUUGUAUGGUGAAUGUUUGAAGAAAUAACCAUAGGCAGCUCAUAACAAAAGACUCACUGCUGACAUAGUGCAUGGUGUGACCAAUACAAGGAUGGAAGGCCAGUGAUAUGCAACAUACAUAGUUAGUGUGCAGCACGCAUUUAAGUCAAGUGUGACAUAUAUGUCAACUGUGACAUAACCGACAGACCUGACACUAAAUAACCAAUUAAUAAUUGCAUGGUGUGACAAUACUUUGAAUAUAGGAUAUAUAGUAAUAGAAAAGUGUGACAUAUCCAAGUGUGAAAAAUAACUCAAGUGUGACAUAUAGUCAAAUGUGACCUAAUAUAGUUGAUGCAGUCUUUCACAUUUUACAAGUCUGGAACACUUCACCCACUACAAUUGGAUUAUAUAUGUGGCUAAAGUAAUCUGAUAGUGCAUGAUCUAUAUAGUAGUGCACUUAUAGCAUUGAGUGCAACAUCCUGAGGCAUCGAGUGUGAGUGCAGCAUUGAGUGCAGACUUGGAGCAUUAACAGUUAACCAUGUCAGGACAAAGCAGUGGCACCAAGCACUGCAACUGAUAUGAGCAUAUAUUACAGUGCUCUUGACAUACCUAAUAUCGAUGAGGAAAACACUAAACCAAGAGUAAAGAUGGAAACUUUCCCUGAGGGAAGAAAUCUACAUUUUGACGAUGGAGUUAGAAGGAUAGACUUCGUUCUUGCUUAUGAUACAAAGGACGAAGAUCAGGAGAAACAACAAACUCGGACUGUUUUCGAACGCAACCUUCAGCAUGAGGGUCUAGAGCUAGAGAAAAAUAUUCAGGAUGAUAGUACAAUAUGCUACAUUAAGAUCCAUGUACCAUGGGAAACUUUGACACGGUACGCUGAGAUCAUGAAACUAAGAGUCCCAAUGGAGGAGAAACUUGAUGAUGUUCUGCCAACUUUCAACCUUUGGGAACUCAUGGCUGGAGUUUUCCAGAGAGUCAUCAACUGGUUUGCUUUGGAUAAGAGUCUGAUGCCUCCCUUUAAUAAACAAUUUACCUGUGUUUAUAAUCGACAUAAAGAAUACCUAUUUGCCAUCCCAUCUAACAAAGAAACAUUCUUCUUGAACACACAACGCAGUAUGGUUGUGGACUAUAUUCUGCGGAGGAAGCGCUUCAGUGAUGAUCCCAAUGACAACAUGGCUUUUGGAAUCAGAAAGUUGAUAUCUGAUGGCUUUUAUGAGGCAGCUUAUCCCCUACAUGAGGGGAGUUGGAAACCAAAGAGCCUGAAACCCAAUGUUCGUAAAAUGUUAUAUGACCACUGGGCACACUGGAGCAACUGGCACAAGCUCCAACCAUUGGAUUAUAUCAGGUAUUACUUUGGUGCAAAGAUAGGGAUGUACUUUGCCUGGUUGGGGUUCUACACAUACAUGUUGAUACCAGCAUCUAUAGUUGGACUAGUUGUCUUCAUAUAUGGACUAGUCACCUUUCAGGAUAAUGUGCCAAGUGAUGAUAUAUGUAACAAAGAAUGGAAUAUCACCAUGUGUCCGCAGUGUGACAAUAGGUGUCCUUUCUGGAACCUCAAUGAGGCUUGUACCCACUCCAGGGUCAGCAGACUCUUUGACAAUGGGGCCACCGUCUUCUUUUCUAUCUUCAUGACAUUUUGGGGUACAUUUUUCCUUGAGUUCUGGAAGCGCCAACAGGCCAGUAUUCAGUACCAGUGGAACCUAAUACACUUUGAAGACGAAGAGGAACCUCCGAGACCAGAGUAUCUUGCAAGAAUGGCACAGAAUAAAAACAUCAGAUGUAAAAGUAAUCCAAUCACUAAACAAGAAACUAUAGAAAUAUUACAAGAUAGUAAAUAUCUUCCACCAAGGCUACAGGAGCCACAUCUGCCAUUUUGGAAAACCAGAGUUCCAAUAUUUGUCUUCUCUUUCUCUAUUAUGCUAUUCCUGCUAAUUCUGGCACUAGCUGCUGUGUUUGGUGUAGUGGCAUACCGUAUGGCAAUAGUAGCAGCUUUGUACCUCAGUGACAACCCCAUGUUCUACAGGAAUGCCAGUAUUAUCACCUCAGCCAC